GCAAUAAGUCGUGUUCGUCGCGAAACAUCACUUUGUUGCAACACGAGCGCAACUAUCGUGUAACGAGGUAGAAAGAUCUUUUUUUGCCCUUGCGAUCAUUUGAUUUUGGCAUAUCAAAAAAAAAGGAUAAAAAAAAAAGGAAAAAAAAAGGGAAAAAGACCAAAAAAAAUUCGAACAAGUUACAGAACGCCGAUGGACUUACAACAUUGUGCUACGAACUUUGGACACAUCGGAUCUUUGUAAUAAAGUGUUGAGACUUAACCUAACAAUUUGAAAUUCGAUCCAAAUCGAAUUAAUUAAUAAGUAUACCUCGAAACGCGGCUCGAAUCUAGUUUUCUUUCUUAUUUUGAUCGUUCGACGGUGUUUCUCUCUCUCUCUCUCUCUCUCUCUCUGUUUCUCCUCUCUCUCUCUCUCUCCAUCUCUCUCUCUCUCUCUCUCUCUCUCUCUCUCUUUCUCUCUCCCUUUCCAACUACAGUGUAUUUUUGCGUGUAUAUGUGAGUGCGUGCGUGAGUGCGUGCGUUGUGUAUGCGUGCUACUGUAUACGUAGUGCAUGUACAAUUGUAUGUGUCCUACGUUUGUGUAUAUAUAUAUAUAUAUAUACACACACAUAUAUAGAUAUAUAUGUAUGUGUAUACAGCGUGUGCCUGUGUCGUUUCUUGGUAUACGAUUCAUGCAAUAGUGCAAUUGAAACGCAAUUGAAUCGUAGUUGUGAAAAAGUAUUAUACGAGAUAGCUCCAUCGAAGGAGAUCCAACGACCCUAAAUUUAGUGGUUAAGACGUGUUUGCGUUGCGUGAAAAGAUCGUCUCGUUGAUUCGAUAGAAUAUAAGAGAAGGCGGAGCCUGGCAAAAUUUCCUGGCACGAUCGACGACAAAGGAGGCAAAAUUUCGACGAUUCACGGUCUAUGAGCGCCAAGGGCCAAGGGGACCCUGGAGAAGAUCACGCUUCCAGGAGCGGAAAGCCCUUGCAGCGAUAUGAAGCGUGCAGCUGCCAAGAAGCUUAUUGAAAGGUACUUUUAUCAACUUACCGAAGGAUGUGGUAAUCCUCAAUGUAAUAACCAAAACUGCGCAUCCAGUGGGAAAAUUACAAAUCUUACGCCAAAUCAAGCUGCGGCUCAAGCCAUUCAAUUGUUCUCUCAAGAAGCUCGGCUAUGCGAUGGCACUCAACCGAGUAAAGUUGCUAGAACUACUUUAGAGCCAGGUCCUGCAUCUUUGGCUAAGAGUCUACCUGUAAAAAAUGUAAAUCCUACUUGCUCGGAUGAAGGGAAAUCUGAACCAUAUCUAACCGAAGCCAAACUUCUGGAUAUAAUAAAUAAAUGUAAAUCAGAAGGAAUAUAUUCGUUAUUGAUUCAUACUUUGGGAGAAGUAUUUUCUUCUAGAGAAGCAUUAAGCCGAAGUUUCCAAAAGACUGAAAAAAAUGACUCUCCCUUGGCUGCACUUCUUGACAGAGCACCUGAUAAUCUUUUAAGGCCACCUGCAGAUUUGAACAAGGAAGCAGUUCGUUCGUUACAAGGUGAAGAUAAAGAAGAAGAUAGUAGUGAUCCAUCUCCGACAGUUCCUCCUAACGAUGACGAUACUAGCGUUGACUUACUUGCCGUUAGAAGAGCAUUUAAGGCAUUAUGGACACUUCCAGGGGAAGCAUUUGAAUCAGCACUUGUAAAUGCACUAGUCACUUUAGCAGAUACCAUAGAGUUACAUUUAAGAGUAUUUGGCAAAACACCUUCCCAUAGCAUGGACAGUCUCUUAAAUGUAUUCUUAAUAGUAUUUGAAAUUCCGAUGUUGGGAAAUAGUGAAUAUCUUGAACUGGCACUUCAUAUGCUUUGUAAAGCUGUCAGCUGUUUCCCAACGUUAGCUCAAGCAAAAUUAGCUCGUGUAUGGGCCAGACAUUGUAAGCCUACAUUGCCUAGCCUUUUACAAGCUCUUCAAGAAUUAAUUACGGUGAAGGUAAUAAGUGGAUCAUUUUCACGCGAUUACUGCGUUCAGGAUGCAGAUACUAUCACUGCUCCUACGAAAGUAAUGAGGAUUCUCUAUUACGCUAGCAUGUUAGCCGGAGAAUUAGAUAGCAGUGAGUUAGCCUUGAACGAAGAUGGGGAUACAACAAAAAUUGACAAAUCUGGCCCAUGCAAAAUGACGUCACAAAUCCCACAGGAUCCAUUAGCCAAAGAAUUAGGAAUUUCUGCAUUGGAUGCUCGCAAACCAUUCAUAUCUUUCACCGAUUUUUAUAACGAACCACUGAGCGAUGCUAUCGAAAUGGAUAAAGAUUUCGCUUAUUACAAGAGUGAAGAACCUCAGAAAUUUAGUUUUAUGAAUUAUGCUUUUAUCCUUACACCAGCCACAAAAACUUUGGGCCUAUAUUACGACAAUCGUAUAAGAAUGUAUAAUGAAAGAAGAAUGAGUUUCUUACAAACUGUCGUAGGACAACCUACCAAUCCAUAUCUUAGAUUAAAAGUACGUAGAGAUCAUUUGAUAGAUGAUGCUUUGGUCGAAUUGGAAAUGGUAGCAAUGGAGAACCCGUCGGAUCUUAAAAAACAGUUGGUUGUCGAGUUUGAGGGUGAACAAGGUGUUGAUGAAGGUGGUGUAUCUAAAGAAUUCUUUCAAUUAGUUGUAGAGGAAAUCUUCAAUCCUGAUUAUGGCAUGUUUACAACUCAGGAAGACACGCAAUUAACGUGGUUCAAUCCAACAUCGUUUGAAAGCGAUGCACAAUUUACACUGAUAGGAGUUGUUCUUGGAUUAGCAAUUUAUAACAACGUGAUAUUAGACGUACGUUUCCCAAUGGUAGUUUAUCGGAAACUACUGGGUAGAAAAGGAGGAUUUGCUGAUUUAGAAGACUGGAGUCCUACUUUAUAUAGAACAUUGACAGAAUUAAUAGCAUAUACCGAAGAUGAUAUGUCGGAUACAUUUAUGCAAACCUUCCGUGUUGGUUACAAAGAUGUAUUUGGUUCAAUAUCGUUCCAUGAUCUUCGCGAGAAUGGUGAUGAAACAUAUGUUACGCAAGAAAAUAAAAAAGAAUUUGUAGACCUUUAUGCAGAUUUUUUGCUAAAUAGAUCAGUGGAGAGACAAUUCAAAGCAUUCAGACGUGGUUUUCAAAUGGUCACGGAUGAAAGUCCACUUGCCCUACUUUUCAGACCAGAAGAAAUAGAACAACUCGUUUGCGGUAGUAAGAUAUUUGACUUCGCGGAAUUGGAAGCAGCGACGGAAUAUGAGGGUGGUUAUACCGUUGACAGCGAGGCAGUGCGUAAUUUUUGGCGGGUAGCUCAUUCAUUACCGCCAGAAAGUCAAAGAAGGCUACUUCAGUUUACUACAGGUAGUGAUCGAGUGCCAGUUGGAGGGCUUUCCAGGCUUAAGAUGGUCAUUGCUAGACAUGGUCCAGAUUCAGACAGAUUGCCCAUUGCCCAUACGUGCUUCAACGUAUUGCUUCUACCAGACUACAGCACGAUUGAAAAGUUACAAGAUCGUUUAUUAAAAGCGAUCAACUAUUCGAAGGGUUUUGGCAUGUUGUGAAUGUGUACCAAAGCUUCCACAAUUUAUCUACGCUAUAUCAAAGUGAUGAAUUUGUUAAACACAUCAGGAUAUAUCCAAAAUCUUUCUAUCUUUAAAACCGAUCACAUUACACAUGGACAUAUUUAUUAUGUAAUUAUGUUCGAAAGAUGCGCGCGUGUGUGUGUAUGUGUGCAUGCGUGUGUGUACGUGUGUGUGUGUGUGCGCACGCGUGUGUAAUCGCGAGUGUUGUUUCUGUCAACAAGAACAACAAUAAAUCGUCCGAAUAACAACGCGCUUCGAGCACCUCUCAGAAUCCACUGUUAUCGAUUCUCCUUUCCAGGAUUCUUCGCUUAGAGAGAACACACAUGCACAUAAAACACAAACCGAUGAACUCAUCUUGAUAGUGAUAGGGUAUAAUUGGAAAUUGUUACGUGAUGAUGCUUUUCAGAUUUCAUUGGCACCAUAUUAGAGUACUAUGUGCUUUGGCAAAAUAAUUAUAGCUGAUUUAUAGAUCAUCAAAUUAUCAUUUCUCGUAUCCUCUUAAAAAAAAGAAAGGAGGAGGGGAAGAAAGAAGAAGAAGAAACGAAUUGAAAGGAAAAAAUACUAUUCUUUCCCAUUGUCCUGGAGGUAAAAACGAUGACGUUCGAUUCUCUAAGGCUUGAAUUUGUACGAAAGCAGCGAAUAUUAUAUACAGCUUUUUCUUGCUAGCCAAGUCGAAGAUCUUAAGUUAACAGUGAAACGCUCAAAAGAGACAGAUAUAGUGAAAAGCGACUGUGAUUGUGUGUGUGUGUGAGAGAGAGAGAGAGAGAGAGAAAGAGCGAUUGAGAAAAAGAGAGAGAGAGAGAGAGUCAAGUCGAAAAAAUCGACUACGAUCAUAGAAAUAAAAAAAAAAAAACUACAAAAAAAGGAAAAACAAAAAUAAAAAUAAAAAAAGAAAUAAAAAGAGAAAGGAGGAGGAAGAAGAGGAGGAGGAGGAACAAAUCUAGUGUUAGCUGAAAAUGUAGUUGUGUAACGUUGCAAAAGCCGAAAAUGACCCUGAAUGAUAAUGAUAAUGAUAAUGAUGAUUAUCAUGAUUAUGAUUAUGAUGAUGAUGACAAUGAUAGUAAUGGUGAUGGUGAUGAUGAUUAUGAUGAUGAUGAUGAUGAUGAUGAUAAUGAUGAUGAUGAUGAUGAUGAGCGAUAUUGCGUGAUCACUAUUAUAUUAUAAUAUAAAACAUACUGUAUACAAAACUUUUUGUAACAACGGAACGUAAAGGUGUAAGAAGAUCGUAUAGCCGUCGUUGAUAAUUCUUACGUGUUUGUAUGUAAUUUUCGUUCUCGGAUUUCUUCUCUCUUACAUCCAUGUUUCUCAUCCCAAUGGGCAAAAAUGAAAAAGAGAAAAAAAAACAAACGUAGUCUGGAAAUACAAGGAUUCAACAAUUUGUAUAAACAUUUAUAAUAUCAGCAGUUCUUUUCGAAACCCGAAAAUAUCUGCUCCACUUGUCGGCUGUCUUAUUGUUAGUCACGUGACAAUAAAGUUCUAUUGAGAAAAAGCUAA